AUGGGAGGUGAAAAUAGUAAUAGUAAUAGUAAUAGUAAUGCCACUGCUGAUCCAACGGCGGAAGCAUCAUCGAACACAACAACAACAACAGCAACAAGAACAACAACAAGAACAACAACAACACAGCCAACAAAUUCCGACAAAACCGAGCCAGCAGUCAUCUCGGAAGGCAACGGUGAAAGGGAAGUGGUUGCUACCAUGGUAUCUUCUACUACUACUUCGAAACCGCCCGAACCUGUCUUUGAAGAGCUGGAAGAUCCUGAAAUGAUGGACGCGGAAAUCGAACAGGAGAUUCUGAAUGAGGUUGAAUUCGUGGACCAAAAUGACAACUUUGAUGACGAAUUUGACGCGCAAGAACGACCGCAAUCAUCAAAUAAUCCAUUGUCGUAUUCACUGGCCACGUCGCCCAACACUCCCCUGUGGGCCAAGAUAUUCUUGCCCAUUUUGUGUUUGUCCUGUCAUGCUAUUUUCUAUUAUGGUCAGACGGCGGCCAUGUGGAAGUUACGAACCUUUGCGGAGAUUGAUGCCUGGGCAAAUGCCACAGAUUUCACCUCCCGCAAAGCUUUUGACACGGUGGGGUUGCCACACGAAAUGAACUUUAAAAUUAGCGAAGACAAGGACGUCGAAACCUUUACCUACUAUUAUGCGAUCGAUCACUUGUGGGUGGCCAAGGGAUUGCCUGGAAAGACUUUGCCACGGGCGGCUGCUAUUUUGUUGGUGAUAUUUUCGGGAUUUUGGCCCCACAUCAAGUUGCUCUUGUUGAAUGUGACAUGGUUUUGUGGCAAGUAUCCCACCCGGACCAAGCAUUUGCAAUGGCUAAGCACGUUGGGAAAAUGGUCCCUGGCGGAUGUCUUGGUAGUUUGUGUCAUGGUGGGCGUCUUGCAUUUGGAUUGGAUUGUUGUUCCACAAGAUAUCAAAGAGGGCGUCAUUACGGACUUGCCUCAGAUUAUUGAAGUGACCAAGAGUCUUUAUGAUCAUCGACAACUUUGUGACAAGUUACUCAAACUACAAUGUGGACAUGAAAAGAACCUCAUCAAGAAAACCAAAUGUCAUGCUUGUUGGACGUUGGUGGAUGAAGCUUACUCUCGCCCUGAAUGGGCUCGAACUACCGGAGCAACAAUCUUGAAGGGAGUGAAAGUGAAUGGUGGUGGAAUUGCGACAUUGCGAGUGGUGGGAAUGAAGGGAAUCUAUGCCUUUAGUGCCGCAGUCAUUCUAUCGAUUUUGCUAUCCUUUGUCAUCGAUGUCUUUGAUCACAAGGCCAAAUCACAAGGCUUGAAGGAUCCGCUAUUGCUUGUUGCAGAGGGUCACCGUAGAGGGCAACGAGAACGCCAUGACUUGGCGUUGUCCGAAGAAGAUGCCUUGGAUGAACCACUUCUCAAUAACUCGACGGAACCAGAGCCAUUGGAAGUUGAUCUUGGAGACUUUGAAGCGUACCGACCACCUCGGAAUAUCCAAGAUGCGGUAUUUGCCUUGGUAUUUUUCCUUCUCACUAGUUUGACUUCCAUUCUUAUUUUCUACGGCGUGGAUGUCGAUACCAUGGAGCGACAAGUCAAGGGUGCUGGCCCCAUGAUGUUACAUGAUAUUUUGGGUGUUGAUUGGAAUACAAACUACUCAUUGAAAUCACUCAUGUGGACCACUGGUGCGGCAGGUUCUUGGGACUAUCUGCUAAUGGGUACCUUUGCUUUGUUCAUUGUAUUGGGACCGACGGUUCGCGCUGGACUGUUGGAAACCGUCACCCUUUUCUAUCAAUGUCACCGCCCAGUGUCCGUUCUUUCCACUCUCAUCAAGUUUGUUGGUCCCUUUUGCGCUUGGGAAGUCUUUGCGAUUGCUAUCGUCAUGACCCAAUUGCUCAUGCCAAUGAUCACCAACACGAUCAUUGACAACCCAGCUUGUGCGAGCAUUUCCGACGACGGAUCCUGUCUCCAAGUGGAAUUCAAUAUUUUGCCAUACCCCUUCAGUGCCAUUGUUGCUGGUUGGAUCCUGCUCUGUAGCAUGUCCAAUAUGGUGAUAAACCGUGCUGCAAAUGCCGAAGAUGCCACCGCUUGGAUGCGCUUGACAUCGGCAAUGGAAACACAAGAGUCGCCUGGUGAUUACCAUCUAGUCCAAGAUACUGAAGGAGAUGGAAAUGAACCCAUGCAGGAAGGGCAAGUGGAACAAGUUGCUCGCAUUGUUCAGGUCUAA